ACAAGACAUGUCGUUGUUGAUGUUGAUUUUGGUCUUGAAAGAGGAUAAAGUUAGAAUCUGCCACCAUUACCGUUUCAUUGCAAUUGCUGAGUAUUGUACCAAGAUACCCGAAAUCGAGUGAAUCGGCAAUGUAGCACUCGGAUUCAAAAAAACCUAAUCCAUAGCUGACCCCACAAAGUACAAGUAACAGACAAAGCAGAGUUCCAGACAACAGGUUAUGUAUGGGCCAAAGAACAAGCGUAUGCAAAGCACCGAGGGCUAGAUGCGUUCUACCAUAUAGAUAAGGACCUGAGGUGGUGGUACAUAAAUAACCUGGACAGAGCACAAUGCACAGCAGUACGUCUCCAGAGCCCACCAUAUAUGCUGAUAUCAGUGCAUACAGGAUGAGCAACGUCGUGGAAACCGGGGUACAGAGAAAGGGUGAUAGGCCGUGUAACAAUUGCGUUCGAAGCGGUUCUAGACUAUUCCCCCUCCGCAUUUGGCUCUUUCCGACUCCCGAGCGUCAGCACCCUCUAUUCCACCAAAAUGCUUAAAAAAAAGUGGCACAUGGACAUGCCAUUGGAAGAACGUUGAAACACGAGUUAUUCCGCAAAACGGACGCGAUUGGCAUGGCGUUCCGACAAGUCGCUUUUUUGUGCAGCGUCGUUU